AUGCCUGGUCAAACUUCCGAAAUUGUCUCGGAAGACUUCUCUAACACUCCUUGCCCAAAGAAUAUCUCAUCUUUCCGAUCUUCAUCUGCCAAGUCCGCGGAAUCCCAAAGAAUUGCGGCCUUUCGCAUUCAUAGCUACCUCCAAGACCCAAACACCUCUGUUCCAUAUGCAAUGAUGGUCAACAAUCCUCAAGCUAGUGUUCAUAAACAGCUUAGCAGAGUAGCGGCCGCCGGAUAUAGAAUGGGUACCAUGCUAGAGAAAUUCGAUAAGGCUUUUGAGGGCAAUACCGGUGGGGGUAACAAUGAUUCUAAUGAUCCGAGCAGUACUGGCUCUCAAAUUCAUUGCUUGGACGAUAAAUUAGCCCAGGGAUGGCAUGCGGAGAAGGGCAGUUAA